AUGACUUGUAUCUCGUUCGGGAACGGUCAGCCCUGGAACUACGACGGUAAUAAUCUCGUGAGAACGCCGCUGCGUGCACUUCAGCGUUUGUCGGGAAUCUCUGUGACACGAAAAUCUUCUAUCAGCGUCACGUGCUGCGAGAUGUCUUUAGACCGCAUCCUAAACGCAGCAGAGCUGCGCCCUGAGCAGUUCCAUCUACCGUCGUCGCAACCAUUUGUGAUUCAGUUUUAUUCCAGCUCGAUGUACUCUUCCUUUGUUGUCGUCACUUCCCGCAUGAGACCCUUCUGCGCCUCAAGCGACAUUGCCGUCGGCAAAGGCAACGGUUAUGAAGGAACCACACCGCUGCACGCACUUCUUUUCUGCGGUGACAUCGGCGCAUUAGUACGCUACGGUCAAGGAUCGCCCCUCGGCAGCCCUGUGGAUGGGCGCUUGGAGCCUGAGGAGCGUGAGUCUUAUAAUCGCGGCUCGAAAUCCCAAAAAUAA